UGUUAGCUGAGGUGAGGGUCUGAUCUGGUAGCUAGGAAGUGAACACAAGCUGAAACUAGACGUCUGUAUUCACUACUGUGGCUUUCAGUGUAAAGAUGGACAGUGAGGAAGAAAGGUAUGACGGAAUGCUGCUAGUUAUGGCACAACAGCAUGAAGGAGGGGUACAAGAGCUAGUUAACACGUUCUUUAGCUUCCUGCGAAGAAAAACAGACUUUUUUACUGGAGGUGAACCUGGAGCUCCUGAGAAGGUGGUGAAAGAAGCGUUUGCUCAUCACAGUCAGAUGGCACUCAAGGUCCAGAAAGAGAGAGAGUCCAGACAGCAGAAAGAGAAAAAGGAGAAGGCAGAAAGAGCUGCUCGACUCAAGGCUGAGGAGGAGAGGAAGAGGACGGAGGAUGAGGACGAGCCCAGAAUCAAAGAGCUCACAGACGAAGAGGCUGAGAGUCUCCAGACAGAGAUAGAUCAGAGGAAAGGCAAGGAGGAGAAAAAAGAGAAAGAGUGUGUGUCUGAGAGCAGCGCUGCAGGAGCAUCAGUCAAAGCAGAGAAAGGGUCUGACUCGGAAGGUGAGGAGGAUGAAAAGGAUAAGGACAAGAUGAAGCCUAACGCUGGGAACGGAGCAGAUCUGCCCGACUACAGGUGGACACAGACCCUGUCUGAAGUGGACCUCGUAGUGCCUUUUGACGUGAAGUUCCGGCUGAAGGGGAAGGACGUGGUGGUGGACUUUCAAAGGCGUCAUCUGAAGAUAGGCUUAAAGGGCCACAAACCUGUGAUCAAUGCCCCGCUGUUCAGCGAGGUGAAGGUAGAGGAAAGCUCCUGGAUAAUCGAUGACGGGAAAAUAGUGACCGUCCACCUGGAGAAGAUAAAUAAAAUGGAGUGGUGGAACAAGCUGGUGACCACAGACCCUGAGAUCAACACCAAGAAAAUCUGCCCAGAGAACUCCAAGCUUUCUGAUCUGGAUGGAGAAACACGAAGCAUGGUGGAAAAGAUGAUGUAUGACCAGAGGCAGAAGACUAUGGGCUUACCCACGUCUGAGGAACAGAAGAAGCAGGACAUCCUGAAGAAGUUCAUGGAGCAGCAUCCGGAAAUGGACUUCUCCAAAGCCAAGUUCAGCUGAGAAAACCCUGCGUUCUGCAUUUCCUGACUUCUUAUCCCCUCUCACUCGUGUAUCGCUCCUUUGCUGCACAGUGUGGGGGGAGUCCUCCUCCACUCAAGCUGCAUAGAUCCCAUGUUUACACCUUUUUUUUAAAUAAAUACCUUCAAACUCUGGAAA